AUGCCCUCAUUUAUCCUCCCGAAAGUCUCUCCCAGCGUCGAGGUGACGAUCCCGACGACCAUCACCCAGGACGAGCUCCUCGCAUUCCGUCCUUUCAACAACUGGCUCGCGACACUACAGAAAUCCAUCAAGGUGCAAAAGUCGGAAACAACGCACGCCUUCUACGACAAGAAGGAUCCCUAUCAGCUGCGUUCCAUCAAUGUCCACUCGGUGGAGAGGUUUGGACCUCGCAUCGGCUUCAUCCUGAUGGAAACGGUGGUCCAGAACGCCGCCGACCCACGACCGUUGCCGGGCAUCGUCUUCCUACGCGGCGGCAGCGUCGCGAUCCUGAUGAUCGUCCGGCCCGAAGGGAGCAGCGACGAGAGAUUCGUCGUAAUGACACAACAGCCCCGGAUUCCGGCCGGGAGUCUCACUUUCUAUGAGAUCCCCGCGGGCAUGAUCGACGACUCGGGCACGUUCGUGGGCGCUGCGGCGACCGAGAUCCGCGAAGAGACGGGCUGGCGAGUCCCGCAGGCGGAGCUCGUCGACAUGACGGAUAUGGCGCUGCGAAACUCGACGGGCAUUGAGAGCCACUUACAGAAAGCCAUGUACCCUAGCCCCGGCGGCUGUGACGAAUUUAUCGCCUUGUUCCUGUGGGAGAGGAUCAUGUCACGCAAGGAACUCGCAGAGCUGCGCGGUAGAUUGACGGGCAAUCCCAGAGAAAGAGAGAAGAUCAAGGUGAAGCUGGUCGAGUACAAAGAGCUGUGGAGGGAAGGAGCGAGAGAUGCAAAGACGCUGGGUGCCUGGGCGCUAUGGCCUUUUGAAGUGAAGAAGGAGAAGAAGGAGAAGAAGGAGAAGAAGGAGAAGAAGGAGAAGAAGGAGAAGAAGGAGAAGAAGGAGAAGAAGGAGAAGAAGGAGAAGAAGGAGAAGAAGGAGAAGAAGGAGAAGAAGGAGAAGAAGGAGGGGGGAGAAGAAGAAGAAGAAGAAGAAGGAGAAGAAGAAGAAGAAGGAGGAGAAGGAGAAGAAGGAGAAGAAGGAGAAGAAGGAGAAGAAGGAGAAGAAGGAGAAGAAGGAGAAGAAGGAGAAGAAGGAGAAGAAGGAGAAGAAGGAGAAGAAGGACAAGAAGGACAAGAAGCCGAAGAAGCUGAAGAGGCUGAGGAUGAUGAAUGCCCUUUGGACCGCGUGGACGAGAGAUCAUUGUCAAAGAUUGCGUCCUGGAGAUCUUGCUGA